AUGGAGAUUUCGUCGGAAAACAUCUCCAAACAAGGCUCCAUUCAGAAAGGAGGCCUUAGAACUAUGCCUUUUAUCAUAGUGAAUGAGGCAUUCGAAAGGGUGGCGAGUGUGGGAUUACGAGCAAACAUGAUCUUGUACCUUAAAAACGAAUAUCACUUGAGCAAUGCAACUGGAGCAAACAUCAUGUUCUUAUGGGGAGCCAUCUCCAAUUUCAUGCCUACUUUGGGCGCUUUUCUUUCGGAUUCAUAUUUGGGACGUUUUCGCGUCAUUGCAAUAGGAUCAACCAUUUCUCUAACCGGAAUGACUAUGGUGUGGUUAACCGCGGUCUUUCCAACAGCAAGGCCGGAUCAUUGUGAUCCUCGGAUUGAAAGUUGUACCAAACCACACGAAGCCCAGAUCGCGCUUCUCUUCCUAUCUUUCGCCAUAAUGUCUAUAGGGUCAGGUGGGAUUCGGCCAUGUUCUCUAGCUUUUGGUGCGGACCAGUUUGAUCGGCCUGAAAACACAGAAAACGCGAAAAUCUUGCAGCGUUUUUUCAACUGGUACUAUGCUUCGGUCGGGAUUUCGGUGAUGAUAUCUGUGACGGUUAUCGUUUAUAUCCAAACCGUCAAAGGUUGGAUUCUGGGAUUUGGAGUUCCAGCUGCACUAAUGUUGUUCUCAACUGUCAUGUUUUUCAUGGGUUCCUCUCUUUAUAUCAAAGUGAAGGCAAACAAGAGCUUGUUCACUGGUUUUUUUCAAGUUGCUGCAGCAUCUUUCAAGAACAAACAUCUUGUUUUUCCACCCACGACUUCCGACGGAUUGUUCCAUCACAAAAAGGGUUCCACGAUUCGUGUUCCGUCCGACAAAAUUCGAUUCUUGAACAAAGCUUGCAUACUAAGGAACCCAGAAAAGGAUCUAACUCCGACCGGAUCAGCGGUGGACCCAUGGAGCCUGUGCACCGUGAAGCAAGUCGAAGAAUUCAAGGCCCUAAUCAAAGUAAUCCCGAUAUGGUCCGCCAGCAUAAUGAUCGCAGUGACCGUAAGCCAACACUCCUUCCCAGUGCUCCAAGCCAACUCGAUGGACCGCCACGUGAUCGGAACCUUCAAGAUCCCACCAGGCUCCUUUGACGUUUUCACGUUACUAACUUUAACCAUUUGGGUCGCCCUUUACGACCAACUUCUAGUCCGUCAAAUCUCCAAACUCACAAAGCGACCCGAAGGUCUGAGCCUAAAACAACGAAUGGGAAUCGGGCUAUUCCUAUCGUGCCUUAGCAUGGCAGUGUCGGCAAUGGUGGAACGAAAGAGACGAAACGCAGCUAUUAGCCAAGGACUUUCGAGGGACCCACUUGGGGUGGUUAACAUGUCAGCAUUCUGGCUAGUUCCACAACAUUGUUUGCUUGGAUUAGCGGAGGCUUUCAAUGCAAUAGGGCAAAUAGAGUUCUAUUACUCUCAGUUUCCAAAGAGUAUGACUAGCAUCGGUGUGGCUCUAUUUGCGCUCGGAUUGGCGGUUGGGAACCUAGUUGCGAGCCUAAUCGUGGGAGUCGUGAAUGAGUACUCGAAACACGGAGGAGGAGUGAGUUGGGUUUCGAAUAAUUUGAACCAAGGUCACUAUGAUUAUUACUAUUGGGUUAUUGCCAUUUUGAGUGUAGCAAAUUUCUUCUACUUCUUAGGUUGUAGUUGGGCUUAUGGUCCUUGUGAUGAAACAAAGCAUUGGGAUGAAGAAGAAGAAGAAGAAGAAGAAGAAGAAGAAAAGGAGGUUCAAGAGGAGACAUUUGUUAGAGGGUCUUCUUCUCCAAUGCAUCAUAGGGUUUAG